AUGUCGACUUCGACAACGCCGACCCGAUCCCUGGGCCUGCACGAGCGCUACGCAGUCUCUCGUCGCUGCGUCAACUCGCCCUCCUCAGUCAGUGCUGCGGCCAUCCUGCAGCUCGAUCUUGCGAGUGCAAGCCGACAGGGCGACAUCGACCGAGCUUUCGACGCUCUACGAUGUCGCUUGGAGACCAGGAUCGACCAGGCGUUCGCGCAGUAUCCUCUUUUGGGCUACUGCAUCCAGUCCCCGCGUGCGAAGGCCCCUCGUUGGUCGUCUAUCACCCCGACACCGACAUUCAGGCAAAUCUUGCAUACCGGCGCGCCGGUCACAAAGCAAGCAGGAGCGCAGGGUGCCAACAAGCUGCUCUCGCAAGCCAUCCUCGACGACCACAUCAGCCUGCCCAAGUCGACCAAUCUCGAAAAGGGUCCUCUAUGGAAAGUCACGCUGAGCCGGAUCGAGAGCGAGCCAGCUUGCCUCGUAGUGCUCUCUACCGAUCAUGUCAUCAAUGACGGCCGUGGCACGCUCAACCUCUUCCGCUUCCUUCUGCAGUCCCAGGAGCCCGAAGCGACCGCGGCACCCAUCGAUCCGAUCCCCCCUGCGUCGGACAAGAUCUUCAACUUCCGACCUUCGAUAGGCUAUCUCCUGCACGAAGCGUUCAAAGAGCUCCUCCUUCCCCAUCUGCCACUGCCAAAGAAGGCCAAGCUCAAGCUCCAAGGUCCCACCUCGUGGCCCGCCUCCCCGUCGCCCACCACGACCUCAACAGAGUACGACAUCGUCCGCACGCCCAAGCUGUGUCAGCCUACGCUCGAUAUCCUCCUCAUCACGGCUCCGCAUCUUAUCAACAACCUCAAGAGUCUUGCUCGCACCCACGUCGAUCCUUCCAACCCCGCAGCAAGAGCGGCGACGCUGCACUCGAUCCUGCACACGCUGUCGCUCGUUGCGCUGUAUGCGGCGGUUGCUGUCUCGCACGAGGCCAAUUUGGAUGAUUUCGCCCUCGUUCUUGGCACCGCAACGCCCAUUUCGCUUCGCGAGGAGGUUCGACCGUCGAAACGUCGGCGAGGGUUCCCCCUCUCUCCUUCGGUGGAAGUCGCGCCGGUGCCACUGCCGUUUACGUCGGGCAACUUUGUCUCGUCCUAUGCAGACACGUACACGCUCCACCCCACGACCCGUUUUUGGGCCUUCACCAACGACUUUGCGACCACACUUGCGAGCCCGCGCGGAAAAAGUCUGGCUCGGCAACACAUGGGCCUUCUCGGGUUCAUUCCGGAUUUCGAACGUAGCACCAACCGCAAGCGCAAGCUGGACGAGGAGGAGGAGGUGGAUUCCUCCCUCGGUGGUCGUGAUGAGGCAUAUGCCAAUGGAUGGGAGAAGCUUUUUGGUGAGCGUGCAGCGAGUAGGACGCCCUUUGAUUCGGCCAUGACCGUCUCCAAUCUCGGCCUGCUCGAUGUUGAAAGUUUGGGUGGGGACGGGUGGAGGGUGAGAGAGGCCACGUGGGCCCAGAGCCACACUCCGCAGGGCGAAGCGUUCGGGUUGGACGUCGUCGGUUUCGUCACGGGGGAGGAGCAGACGUUGAGCAUUGGACUGUCCUGCAGACCGAGCGCGUUUAGGGAUGAGGAGUUGAGGAAGAGGUUCAGGGGUUACCUGGAGAGGCUGGUGAGGGCGUUUGCGGUCGAACCCGUCCACGGGAAGCUGUCCCAGGAGACAAACGAUGGAGAGGCCAGACUGGAUUUGACCCAGGAGAUCAACUUCGCUGGUCUGACACGCUUCCUCACCUCCUCGUAG